AUGGCAGCACCAACACGAAGCCUACGGCAUCUCUCGUCCGUACGGACAUCUUUCUCUCACCCACCAUCUACAACCUCUUCAUCCCUCAACUCUCUCGGCCUCCGCACCUACGCCACCACAGAUGCCGGAUCCGCCACCAACACACCGGGCAUCACACGUCGCCGCAAGACAUCCUUCCAAGACAAACUCAAUGCCGGUCCUUCAUUCUCUGAAUUCGUCUCCGGGGGCGGGGAAGAAGCCCCCCUCGAUCCAUCCGAAGCCUACGCCCUGAAAACAGCCAUGGUAGGACCAGCAGGCCGAAAGAAGGAAAUGACUCGUCUCCCUUCAUGGUUGAAGACUCCUAUCCCCGAUUCGAAGAACUAUCAGCGCUUAAAGAAGGAUCUCCGUGGCUUGAACCUCCAUACCGUCUGCGAGGAGGCAAGAUGUCCCAAUAUCUCCGACUGCUGGGGUGGAGGCGACAAAGCCGCUGCAACAGCUACAAUCAUGUUAAUGGGCGAUACAUGUACUCGAGGCUGUCGAUUCUGUAGCGUGAAAACAAAUCGAAACCCCGCACCACUUGAUCCUCACGAGCCCGAGAAUACAGCCGAGGCCAUUUCCCGCUGGGGACUGGGCUAUGUCGUUCUGACUAGUGUUGACCGAGACGAUCUGGCUGAUGGAGGCGCGCACCAUUUCGCAGAAACCGUUAUCAAGAUCAAAUCCAAGGCUCCCAAUAUUCUGGUCGAGUGUCUUACUGGUGAUUACCGAGGUGAUUUGGAGAUGGCGAAGGUUGUUGCUAGGUCUGGAUUGGAUGUGUAUGCGCAUAAUGUUGAGACUGUUGAGUCGUUGACGCCUCAUGUUCGGGAUCGGAGAGCGACGUUUCAGCAGUCUAUUAAUGUUUUGAGGGCUGCUAAGGAGGCUAGACCGGAUCUGAUUACGAAGACUAGUCUUAUGCUUGGGCUUGGGGAGACGGAUGAGCAGCUUUGGGAUGCGUUGAGGCAGUUGAGAGCUGUGGAUGUGGAUGUUGUUACUUUUGGUCAGUAUAUGAGGCCUACGAAGCGUCAUAUGGCGGUUGAGGAGUAUGUUACGCCCGAUCGAUUUGAGGCGUGGCGUCAGCGUGCGUUGGAUAUGGGUUUCUUGUACUGUGCUUCUGGGCCUUUGGUCAGGAGCAGUUACAAGGCUGGUGAGGCGUUCAUUGAGAACGUGUUGAAGAAGCGUCGGGGUGGUGAUAUUGCUGGUGCUGGUGCUGGUGCCACGGAGGGUGUUGCGAAGACUGCUCUGCCUAAUGAGGCGACUCGAUAA